AUGCCUUCGCUACUUCAGGCGACGACGCCUCUGAUCCGACCGGAGCAGGCCAUGGACCUCCGGCAGCACACCAUCCAGCUCGGUGCGACUCAUGGCGCAGCGGCGACGCAGCCGGGCGAUGGCGGCGCGAUGAGCUCCGAGCUGUACCUCGCCGUGUGCGGGGGGAAGAAGGAGGAGGCCAUGGCGCUGCUUCGCCGGCUGCACUACGGCGGCGCUGCCGCGGAUGAUCGGGCUGCCGGCAUACAACAGGUGAGCGCAAAGAGGAACAAUGUUCUUCAUUUAGCCGCGGAGCACGGGCACGCCGAGCUGAUCCAUGAUCUCGUCAGCUUCGGGGGCAAGAGCCUGCUCUCUGCCCAGAACUCUGCUCUGGACACGCCUCUGCACUGCGCGGCGAGGGCGGGGCACUGCAAGGCCGUGUCCGUCCUCGUCCAGCUCGCGCUGGACUACGGAGAUGAGAGCGCGCUGUGGUGCAAGAACGCGGCCGGGGACACGGCCCUUCAUCUGGCAGCGAGGCUCGGCCAUGGCGUGGCGGUGGAGGCCAUGGUCUCCGCGGCGUCCGGGCUGGCCUCUGAGGUCAACCACGCGGGCGUGUCGCCGCUGUACCUGGCGGUGAUGAGCAGGUCGGUGCCCGCCGUCAGAGCGAUAACGAUCAGGUGCCGGGACGCGUCGGCCGCCGGCCCGAGCUCGCAGAACGCGCUGCAUGCCGCCGUCUUCCAGGGCUCAGAAAUGGUUAGCCUGCUGCUGGAGUGGAAGCCAUGCGGCCCAUCCCUCGCUAGCCAAGCGGACGACACGGGCAGCACCCCGCUCCAUUUCGCCUCCUCCGACGGCGACCGCUCCGUCGUAGGUGCCAUCCUGAGCGCGUCGCCGCCGUGCGCGGUGCGCGUGAGGGACUCCGGCGGCCUCUCCGCUCUCCACGUCGCGGCGGGGAUGGGCCACGCCCACGUCGCCAGGGCGCUGAUGGACGCCUGCCCGGACGCUGCCGAGCUCCAGGACGACCGCGGCGGAACCUUCGUACACGCCGCGGCCAGGGGAGGCCACUCCGAGGUGGUGCGGCUCGCCAUCAAGAAGCCGAUGCUGGGCGGCGGCGGCCUCCUGAACACGCAGGACGGGGACGGCAACACGCCUCUCCACCUGGCCGUGGCCGCGCGCGAGCCGGCCAUCGCGGAGGCCCUGCUGUGGACGGGCCAAGUGCGAGCCGACGUGACGAACAGCGACGGCCACACGCCGCUGGACCUCGCCGCGAAAUCGACCGAUUUCUACUCCAUGGUAAGCCUGGUGGUGACACUGACGGCGUUCGGGGCGCAGUUCCGUCCGCAGAGGCGGGACCACGUGCAGCGAUGGGACAGCCGCAACAUAAUAAAGGCGAUCGAGAAGACGUCAGACAGCCUCGCGGUGGUCGCCGUCCUCGUCGCCGGCGUGGCCUUCACCGCCGCCAACAACCUCCCCGGGUCGUACGAGCAGGAGGGGAACGUAAAGGGGAUGGCGGUCCUCCGGAGCAAGACCAUCUUCAAAUGCUUCCUCAUCCUGGACGGCGUCGCCCUGGUGACCUCCAUCCUCGCGGUGGUCCUGCUCGUCUACGGCAAGGCCUCGCGCUCCGCCCGGUCGUGGAAGAGCUUCGCGGCGGCGCUGCACUGCAUCUGGGCGUCCCUGAUCAGCAUGCUCCUCGCCUUCUACGCGGCCAUCGCAGCCGUGACGAGCACCACGGGGGUCUACGACAUCAGGGUCUUCGUCGUGAACCUCGUCCUCGUCGUGCUGUUCAUCGUGCUCUCCGCCUUUGUCAGCCCUCCGGUGUCGCACCUCAUAAUGUGCAAGUUCCUGUGGCAAUGUGGCCUCAAAGGAUGCCGAGGUGUCGUCCGCAGGCGUAUCAGCCAGCAGUAUCCGGUCGUGGGCGCCUUCGUCUUCAACCUGCUUCUGUUCAGGGCUGCGCAUUAUGUCAUACUGUUUGCCGGCUUCAUCAUUGUCUCCACCUUGCGGGGCGGCUCCGAUGUUCGCUAG